AUGGCCCCGGGAACGCGACGCGCCAACCGUUCUGGAUACGCCGAACACGAUGACUUCGAAGGUCUCCCCGUGCGACAAUGGCGCCACGAGUGGGUGAAUGUGGUGCCGCCUCCACAACAGGAACAGCCUCAGAAGAACGACAUUUGGUCCAUCGAGCUCAUCCAUGGCAUGCCCAAAGACUCGAACCUGCUCCCACCGCAUAGCCAGGAACUUCUCGCAGCUGCGCGAUCCGGUAGACUCUAUAAGCGAUCAGCGCCGGCCGAGGAGGAAGAGGCUGAUGCUGAGGCGGUUCCCGAGAAGCUGGAGAAGAAGGAGGAGGACACAAGUGUUAAGGGCUUUAGCAUCAAGGUCUGGAAGCAGAUGCCUCGCAACGUCGACACCCCUUCUACCUCCCACCUCGCGAAGCGACGCAAGAAUACCGUGACGAUUGCCAGCCGGACGGUCGAGGAUAAGGUCCAGGGACCGACGGUUACGAGAGCGACAGUGAGGAGGAUCGACGCGGCUGGAAACCCAUACACGGAAGAGGUCACGUUGGCCGAUGGACAGCAGGUUCAAGGCGAAAUCAUCUCGACGAGGAUCGAAGCUGCGCCCGGGCCUGGCCUUGAGAUGACUGCCACGACGCCACAGUCGUCGAGACGACGACCUCCACCUCCCAAGAGAAAGGCCAAGGCUGGUCCUGGCAGAGGAAAGAAGAAGAUCAAGAACCCCGUUCCGGAGGCUGGUGCGCCUGCACCUGCGGCACCUGCUGGCACAGCAAAUGGAGCUGCUCCGGCUGCGCCCGUCAAGCUUGAGCACGCUGCGGAAGCUGCUAUUAAGCAAGAGCGCGAAGAUUCAGCGAACCAGGAUAGCCCCAUGCCCGAUGCCGACGAUGAUGAUGACGACGAUGACGAGGAUGGCGAAGAGGGAGAAGAGGGCGAGGAGGGUGAAGGAACACCAGCGGCAGAGAGUCAACCGAGUGGCGACAACACCAAGUCGCAAGAUCAUGAGAUGACAGAUGCGGCCCCAGCUUCCGCUCCCGCUCCCACUUCUGCUCCCGCUGUGGUUCCGCCUCCAGCUCAAGCUCCGACUACAGCUCCGGAGGCUGCGGCUACAGCCCCAGCUGCAGCUCCAGUUCCGGCACCAGCACCUGUCCCGACCCCUGACACGGCCGCUCUUCCAACCGAACAACCCGAUGUCGAGAUGGAAGACGAUACCUCACCACAGCCCCCACAACCAAGCUCUCUCAACCUUGCUCCUCCUCCGUUAAACCUCACCCCUGGAGGCUCAAGACUUGAGGGCAGCCCGCUGAAGAACGUCAUCCUUCCCUCGCCUACUGUAGAAAAGAGCGAGGAGAAAUCACUUGCGGCAGUAUUGGACGCUCCUGUUGAGGCAGACAAAGCACCAGUGCCUGCAACAGAGGAAGAGAAGCUAGUGAAGGCCGCUAUCGACGCUCCUUUCGAGGCUGGCAAGGUUCCAGAGGUGCCUCCAGUGCCCGUGGUGCCCGUGGCACCUUUGGUAUCUGAGACAACAGACUCAACUGUGGCCGAGCCGCCAUCGACAGUCGUUGGAGAUGCCCCUGAGGCUGCAAUUGAGCGCGAUGUACCGACUUUGGAGCCGAGUGCCAACGACGCACUGUUACCGCCCCCACCUGAGCAGGUCGGCAAUAUUGCGACCACACCGAGUGCCGGUGAACCAAGUACCUCGGCCCCUGGAAGCGAUAUCAGACCAACGGCAGAGAGUCAGUCUGGCGAGGAGGCCACGACAGUCCCCGAGAGACCACCCUUUGAGCAGAUGGAUACAGGUCUGACUGAGGAUACUAUCAAGCCUGAAGACUCGGCCUCUUUCAUCGGAGCACCCUCUGAAGUAGCCGAUGUCCCAGUGACUGAUGCCCCAGUAGCUGCUCCUCAGAUUGAAGAGCCUCCCCCCGAGCCGCCAGCAGAGACGACUAUCCAGGAGACUAGCGUUGAGGAAGUCAAGCCUACAUCACCUCAGCCCGAACCUCAGCCCGAGGCCCAACCCGAGAUCAAGGAGGAGGAGCCAGCUCCUGUUGAGGAACCUGACUUGCUUGGUGACUUGAUGGGCGAGCUUGACCGUCAGUCCGAACAGAAGCCGAGCGAAGUGCCAGUCCCGGCACCAGAGCCUGUUGCUGAAGUUGUCGCCGAGCCAGCCGCGGAACCAGCUCCUGAACCUGCACCUGAGCCCGUACCUGAAUCCGCACCUGAGUCCGCGCCGGAAUCCGCACCGGAACCAAGCCCGGAACCAGCCCCUGAGUCGGCCUUGAUACCAUCCGAACCACCAGCAGGACCUGCGGAAGAACCUAUGGUUACAGAUGAACCUAUGGUUACAGAAGAACCUGCGGCCACGGAAGAGGUGAAGCCCGAGGAGCCUGUGCUUGAAGCUGCUGCAGUCGAAGCACCAGCGGCAGAGGUGCCCACCGCCCCCGAGCCCAUGCAGACCGAUGAACCAAAGUCAGAGGAGGCCUAG